AUGGGCCGGGCCAUCACGUGGCUCUUGGUCGCAUUUAUCAUUGCGAUCUUAGCGCCAAGCGUUGUCGGACAAACUAACAGCACAACACAAAAUUCCGGCAAUAAUCAGACGAGUAUUCUGCAAUCAGUUAGUCAAACGAGGCUCUUGCAAAAUCUGCUGGGAAUCUUAGGGGAUGUAGUCAAUAAUUUAGGCGGCGCACAAGCCACAACAAAUAACACAAAUAGUGAGCAAGCAUCAACUGAUUACGAUUACUAUGAUGACGACGAGAAACCGGUACUAAGCGUAUGCUUAAAACUUCUUAGAGCAGCCACCACAGAUUCAAAUACUAGCGAGCCAGGUGUACUAGGUAACCUUAUACGCACCUUACGCAAUUUACUGGGUGGUCUUCUUGGCGGUCAAACUGGUGACACUACCCAAAGUUCAGGUUUAUUGGAUCUGGAGGUUGUAGCCGAUUUGGUUGGUGAUGGGGAAACCAGUUCAAACUCCACAAACACUGAUCAUCUCGUAAGUGUCUGCCUGAAUCUUAUACUAGGCGAUAUACUCGGCGUCCUAGGAGACGUAAUAAAAGGAUUUAAUGGCACCUUGCCAUGCCCACCGGAGCCUACACAAACGCAAGCGACAUUGACAACACUAUUAACGACACCAAUAGACCCCAGCGCUAUUUCAACGUUAAUAUCGACCUUGCAAACAACUACAGCUGCUUUAACUGAAGCUACGACCACACUAUCACCAGCAACCACAACGCAAACCUCAUCACUUUCACCAAUAUCUACCACUUCGCAAUCAACAACUGAAACGACACCAACGCCAUCAACACCAGCAAUUGAAACUUCCACCACACCUACUACUUCACAACCACCAAGUGAAGUUUCCACGUCACCAACAACAGAAACUUCAACCGCUCCAACCACUGAGUCUUCCACUUCACCAUCAACACUAACACCAACUACGGAAUCUUCCACCACACCAACCAGUUCGCAAACAACUAGCGAAGAUCCCACAUCACCAACAACUGAAACCUCUACCACUCCAACCACUGAAUCUUCCACAUCAUCAUCAACACUAACACCAACAACUGAAACAUCCACCACACCAACCAGUUCACAAUCAACUAGCGAAGAUCCCACAUCACCAACAACAGAAACUUCUACCACACCAACCACUGAAUCUUCCACAUCACCAUCAACACUAAGACCAACAACUGAAACAUCCACCACACCAACCAGUUCGCAAUCAACUAGCGAAGAUCCCACAUCACCAACAACAGAAACCUCUACAACCCCAACCACUGAAUCUUCCACAUCAUCAUCAACACUAACACCAACAACUGAAACAUCCACCACACCAACCAGUUCGCAAUCCACUAGCGAAGAUCCCAUAUCACCAACAACAGAAAUUUCUACCACCCCAACCACUGAAUCUUCCACAUCACCAUCAACACUAACACCAACAACUGAAAGUUCCACCACACCAACCAGUUCAGAAUCAACUAGCGAAGAUCUCACAUCACCAUCAACAGAAACUUCUACCACUCCAACCACUGAAUCUUCCACAUCACCAUCAACACUAACACCAACAACUGAAUCUUCCACCACACCAACCAGUUCGCAAACAACUAGCGAAGAUCCCACAUCACCAACAACAGAAACCUCUACCACUUCAACCACUGAAUCUUCCACUUCACCAUCAACACUAACACCAACAACUGAAACAUCCACCACACCAACCAGUUCGCAAUCAACUAGCGAAGAUCCCACAUCACCAACAACAGAAACUUCUACCACCCCAACCACUGAAUCUUCCACAUCACCAUCAACAUUAACACCAACAACUGAAACAUCCACCACACCAACCAGUUCGCAAUCAACUAGCGAAGAUCCCACAUCACCAACAACAGAAACCUCCACAACCCCUACCACUGAGUCUUCCACAUCACCAUCAACACUAACACCAACAACUGAAUCUUCCACCACACCAACCAGUUCGCAAACAACUAGCGAAGAUCCCACAUCACCAACAACAGAAACCUCCACAACCCCUACCACUGAGUCUUCCACAUCACCAUCAACACUAACACCAACAACUGAAACAUCCACCACACCAACCAGUUCGCAAUCAACUAGCGAAGAUCCCACAUCACCAACAACAGAAACCUCUACCACUUCAACCACUGAAUCUUCCACUUCACCAUCAACACUAACACCAACAACUGAAUCUUCAACCACACCAACCAGUUCACAAUCAACUAGCGAAGAUCCCACAUCACCAACAACAGAAACCUCUACCACUUCAACCACUGAAUCUUCCACUUCACCAUCAACACUAACACCAACAACUGAAACAUCCACCACACCAACCAGUUCGCAAUCAACUAGCGAAGAUCCCUCAUCACCAACAACAGAAACUUCUACCACCCCAACCACUGAAUCUUCCACAUCACCAUCAACACUAACACCAACAACUGAAACAUCCACCACACCAACCAGUUCGCAAUCAACUAGCGAAGAUCCCACAUCACCAACAACUGAAACCUCUACCACUCCAACCACUGAAUCUUCCACAUCACCAUCAACACUAACACCAACAACUGAAUCUUCAACCACACCAACCAGUUCACAAUCAACUAGCGAAGAUCCCACAUCACCAACAACAGAAACCUCCACAACCCCUACCACUGAGUCUUCCACAUCACCAUCAACACUAACACCAACAACUGAAUCUUCCACCACACCAACCAGUUCGCAAACAACUAGCGAAGAUCCCACAUCACCAACAACAGAAACCUCCACAACCCCUACCACUGAGUCUUCCACAUCACCAUCAACACUAACACCAACAACUGAAACAUCCACCACACCAACCAGUUCGCAAUCAACUAGCGAAGAUCCCACAUCACCAACAACUGAAACCUCUACCACUCCAACCACUGAAUCUUCCACAUCACCAUCAACACUAACACCAACAACUGAAACAUCCACCACACCAACCAGUUCGCAAACAACUAGCGAAGAUCCCACAUCACCAACAACAGAAACCUCCACAACCCCUACCACUGAAUCUUCCACAUCACCAUCAAAACUAACAUCAACAACUGAAACAUCCACCACACCAACCAGUUCGCAAACAACUAGCGAAGAUCCCACAUCACCAACAACAGAAACCUCCACAACCCCUACCACUGAGUCUUCCACAUCACCAUCAACACUAACACCAACAACUGAAUCUUCAACCACACCAACCAGUUCACAAUCAACUAGCGAAGAUCCCACAUCACCAACAACAGAAACCUCCACAACCCCUACCACUGAAUCUUCCACAUCACCAUCAAAACUAACAUCAACAACUGAAACAUCCACCACACCAACCAGUUCAGAAUCAACAAGUGAAACUUCCACAUCACCAACAACAGAAACCUCAACCACUCCAACCACUGAAUCUUCCACAUCACCAUCACCACUAACACCAAUAACUGAAACAUCCACCACACCAACCAGUUCGCAAUCAACUAGCGAAGAUCCCACAUCACCAACAACUGAAACCUCUACCACUCCCACUACUGAAUCUUCCACAUCACCAUCAACACUAACACCAACAACUGAAACAUCCACCACACCAACCAGUUCGCAAUCAACUAGCGAAGAUCCCACAUCACCAACAACAGAAAUUUCUACCACCCCAACCACUGAAUCUUACACAUCACCAUCAACACUAACACCAACAACUGAAACAUCCACCACACCAACCAGUUCGCAAUCAACUAGCGAAGAUCCCACAUCACCAACAACAGAAAUUUCUACCACCCCAACCACUGAAUCUAUCACAUCACCAUCAACACUAACACCAACAACUGAAAGUUCCACCACACCAACCAGUUCACAAUCAACUAGCGAAGACCCCACAUCACCAACAACAGAAACCUCUACCGCUCCAACCACUGAAUCUUCCACGUCACCAUCAACACUAACACCAACAACUGAAACUUCCACCACACCAACCAGUUCAGAAUCAACAAGUGAAACUUCCACAUCACCAGCAACUGAAACCUCUACCACUCCAACCACUGAAUCUUCCACAUCACCAUCAACACUAACACCAACAACUGAAACUUCCACCACACCAACCAGUUCGCAAUCAACUAGCGAAGAUCCCACAUCACCAACAACAGAAACCUCUACCGCUCCAACCUCUGAAUCUUCCACGUCACCAUCAACACUAACACCAACAACUGAAACUUCCACCACACCAACCAGUUCGCAAUCAACUAGCGAAGAUCCCACAUCACCAACAACUGAAACCUCUACCACUCCAACCACUGAAUCUUCCACAUCACCAUCAACACUAACACCAACAACUGAAACAUCCACCACACCAACCAGUUCAGAAUCAACAAGUGAAUCUUCCACAUCACCAACAACAGAAACCUCUACCGCUCCAACCUCUGAAUCUUCCACGUCACCAUCAACACUAACACCAACAACUGAAACUUCCACCACACCAACCAGUUCAGAAUCAACAAGUGAAACUUCCACAUCACCAACAACUGAAACCUCUACCACUCCAACCACUGAAUCUUCCACAUCAUCAUCAACACUAACAACAACAACUGAAACAGCCACCACACCAACCAGUUCGCAAUCAACUAGCGAAGAUCCCACAUCACCAACAACAGAAACCUCUACCGCUCCAACCUCUGAAUCUUCCACGUCACCAUCAACACUAACACCAACAACUGAAACUUCCACCACACCAACCAGUUCAGAAUCAACAAGUGAAACUUCCACAUCACCAACAACGGAAUCUUCUACCGCUCCAACCACUGAGUCUUCCACUUCACCGUCAACACUAACACCAACAACUGAAACUUCCACCACACCAACAAGUUCAGAAUCAACAAGUGAAACUUCCACAUCACCAACAACGGAAGCUUCUACCGCUCCAACCACUGAAUCUUCCACAUCACCAUCAACACUAACAUCAACAACUGAAACAUCCACCACACCAACCAGUUCGCAAUCAACUAGCGAAGAUCCCACAUCACCAACAACUGAAACCUCUACCACUCCAACCACUGAAUCUUCCACAUCACCAUCAACACUAACACCAACAACUGAAACAUCCACCACACCAACCAGUUCAGAAUCAACAAGUGAAUCUUCCACAUCACCAACAACAGAAACCUCUACCGCUCCAACCUCUGAAUCUUCCACGUCACCAUCAACACUAACACCAACAACUGAAACUUCCACCACACCAACCAGUUCAGAAUCAACAAGUGAAACUUCCACAUCACCAACAACGGAAUCUUCUACCGCUCCAACCACUGAAUCUUCCACGUCACCAUCAACACUAACACCAACAACUGAAACUUCCACCACACCAACCAGUUCAGAAUCAACAAGUGAAACUUCCACAUCACCAACAACGGAAUCUUCUACCGCUCCAACCACUGAGUCUUCCACUUCACCGUCAACACUAACACCAACAACUGAAACUUCCACCACACCAACCAGUUCAGAAUCAACAAGUGAAACUUCCACAUCACCAACAACUGAAACCUCUACCACUCCAACCACUGAAUCUUCCACAUCACCAUCAACACUAACACCAACAACUGAAACUUCCACCACACCAACAAGUUCAGAAUCAACAAUUGAAACUUCCACAUUACCAACAACGGAAACUUCUACCGCUCCAACCACUGAAUCUUCCACGUCACCAUCAACACUAACACCAACAACUGAAACUUCCACCACACCAACCAGUUCAGAAUCAACAAGUGAAACUUCCACAUCACCAGCAACUGAAACCUCUACCACUCCAACCACUGAAUCUUCCACAUCACCAUCAACACUAACACCAACAACUGAAACUUCCACCACAACAACCAGUUCACAAUCAACUACCGAAGACAUCACAUCACCAACAACCGACACUUCUACCACUCCAACCACUGAAUCUUCCACAUCACCAUCAACACUAACACCAACAACUGAAACUUCCACCACACCAACCAGUUCAGAAUCAACAAGUGAAACUUCCACAUCAUCAACAACGGAAACUUCUACCGCUCCAACCACUGAAUCUUCCACAUCACCAUCAACACUAACACCAACAACUGAAACAUCCACCACACCAACCAGUUCAGAAUCAACAAGUGAAACUUCCACAUCACCAACAACGGAAAAUUCUACCGCUCCAACCACUGAAUCUUCCACUUCACCAUCAACACUAACACCAACAACUGAAACUUCCACCACACCAACCAGUUCAGAAUCAACAAGUGAAACUUCCACAUCACCAACAACUGAAACCUCUACCACUCCAACCACUGAAUCUUCCACAUCACCAUCAACACUAACACCAACAACUGAAACAUCCACCACACCAAACAGUUCAGAAUCAACAAGUGAAACUUCCACAUCACCAACAACGGAAACUUCUACCGCUCCAACCACUGAAUCUUCCACUUCACCAUCAACACUAACACCAACAACUGAAACUUCCACCACACCAACCAGUUCAGAAUCAACAAGUGAAACUUCCACAUCACCAACAACGGAAACUUCUACCGCUCCAACCACUGAAUCUUCCACUUCACCAUCAACACUAACACCAACAACUGAAACUUCCACCACACCAACCAGUUCAGAAUCAACAAGUGAAACUUCCACAUCACCAACAACCGAAAAUUCUACCGCUCCAACCACUGAAUCUUCCACUUCACCAUCAACACUAACACCAACAACUGAAACUUCCACCACACCAACCAGUUCAGAAUCAACAAGUGAAACUUCCACAUCACCAACAACUGAAACCUCUACCACUCCAACCACUGAAUCUUCCACAUCACCAUCAACACUAACACCAACAACUGAAACUUCCACCACACCAACCAGUUCAGAAUCAACAAGUGAAACUUCCACAUCACCAACAACGGAAACUUCUACCACCCCAACCACUCAAUCUAUCACAUCACCAUCAACCAUAACACCAACAACUGAAACUUCCACCACACCAACCAGUUCAGAAUCAACAAGUGAAACUUCCACAUCACCAACAACCGACACUUCUACCACUCCAACCACUGAAUCUUCCACAUCACCAUCAACACUAACACCAACAACUGAAACUUCCACCACACCAACCAGUUCAGAAUCAACAAGUGAAACUUCCACAUCACCAACAACGGAAUCUUCUACCGCUCCAACCACUGAGUCUUCCACUUCACCGUCAACACUAACACCAACAACUGAAACUUCCACCACACCAACCAGUUCAGAAUCAACAAGUGAAACUUCCACAUCACCAACAACUGAAACCUCUACCACUCCAACCACUGAAUCUUCCACAUCACCAUCAACACUAACACCAACAACUGAAACUUCCACCACACCAACCAGUUCAGAAUCAACAAGUGAAACUUCCACAUCACCAACAACUGAAACCUCUACCACUCCAACCACUGAAUCGUCCACAUCACCAUCAACACUAACACCAACAACUGAAACUUCCACCACACCAACCAGUUCAGAAUCAACAAGUGAAACUUCCACAUCACCAACAACGGAAUCUUCUACCGCUCCAACCACUGAAUCGUCCACAUCACCAUCAACACUAACACCAACAACUGAAACAUCCACCACACCAACCAGUUCAGAAUCAACAAGUGAAACUUCCACAUCACCAACAACUGAAACCUCUACCACUCCAACCACUGAAUCUUCCACAUCACCAUCAACACUAACACCAACAACUGAAACAUCCACCACACCAACCAGUUCAGAAUCAACAAGUGAAACUUCCACAUCACCAACAACUGAAACCUCUACCACUCCAACCACUGAAUCUUCCACGUCACCAUCAACACUAACACCAACAACUGAAACUUCCACCACACCAACAAGUUCAGAAUCAACAAUUGAAACUUCCACAUUACCAACAACGGAAACUUCUACCGCUCCAACCACUGAAUCUUCCACGUCACCAUCAACACUAACACCAACAACGGAAACUUCUACCACAUCAACCAGUUCAGACUCAACAAGUGAAACUUCCACAUCACCAACAACGGAAACUUCUACCACCCCAACCACUGACUCCUCUACUGCACCAUCAACACUAACACCAACAACUGAAACUUCCACCACACCAAACAGUUCAGAAUCAACAAAAUCAACAAGUGAAACUUCCACAUCACCAACAACUGAAACCUCUACCACUCCAACCACUGAAUCUUCCACAUCACCAUCAACACUAACACCAACAACUGAAACUUCCACCACACCAAACAGUUCAGAAUCAACAAGUGAAACUUCCACAUCACCAACAGCGGAAACUUCUACCACCCCAACCGCUGACUCUUCCACGUCACCAUCAACACUAACACCAACAACUGAAACUUCCACCACACCAAACAGUUCAGAAUCAACAAGUGAAACUUCCACAUCACCAACAACGGAAACUUCUACCACCCCAACCACUGACUCCUCUACUGCACCAUCAACACUAACACCAACAACUGAAACUUCCACCACACCAAACAGUUCAGAAUCAACAAGUGAAACUUCCACAUCACCAACAACGGAAACUUCUACCACAUCAACCAGUGACUCUUCCACUGCACCAUCAACACUAACACCAACAACGGAAACUUCUACCACAUCAACCAGUUCAGAAUCAACAAGUGAAACUUCCACAUCACCAACAACGGAAACUUCUACCACCCCAACCACUGACUCUUCCACUGCACCAUCAACACUAACACCAACAACUGAAACUUCCACCACACCAAACAGUUCAGAAUCAACAAGUCAAAUUUCUGCAUCACCAACAACAGAAACUUCUACCACCCCAACCACUCAAUCUAUCACAUCACCAUCAACCAUAACAUCAAUUACUGAUUCUUCGACUACACCUUCAACAAUAACACCAACAACAAACGCACCUACUACUCAAACUGCUGCACUACCAGCAUCAGAUUUUCCACCAUCUUCAUCGACUUCCACCACAUCAACCAGCUCACAACCAACAAGUGAAGUUUCCACGUCAUCAACAACGGAAACUUCCACCACUCCAUCCACUGAAUCUUCCACAUCACCAUCAACACUAACACCAACAACUGAAUCUACCACCACACCAACCAGUUCAGAUUCAACAAGUGAAACUUCCACAUUACCAACAACAGAAACUUCUACCACACCAACCACUGAAACCUCUACCACUCCAACCACUGAAUCUUCCACAUCAUCAUCAACACUAACAUCAACCACAGAAACUUCUACCGUACCAACACUCCCUACAACUGGACCUACAACUAUAUUGUCCACCCUAAUUACGUCGUCUACAACAACUGAAGCGACAACGCAACCAACUACGGCUACUUCGACAAUAUUAACAACGCUUUCGACUACUGCAACAGUGCCUUCGACUUUGCCACCAGUAACAUCAACUCUGUCAACGAGUGUUCCGUGUGCGCCAUCAACUUCAUCAACGAGUGCACCUUGUGCGACGCAGACCACUAAUGAACCCACGGAAACGACGACACUACCUACACCGACCCCCGCACCGACCCCGGCGCCAAUACCUUUCUUGCCCAUGCCCAUGUUGAAUCCAUAUCCGUGGUUCUACCCAGUCUAUCCUUUCCCCUUCCCCUUCUUAUUCUUUGAUUGCUUCCAAGUGCAAGACAACACUGCUGGAUUACCAAGUGGCGCUACGCGUAUGCUUUGUGUACCAAGACUAACGUUCCCACCAACACAACAACUGGUAACCGCUAGAUAACCGAUGUGGGUAUUUUCUUCAACACUUAGCUUACUUACUUAAUGUUAUUAUAUAGUAUAGUAUAGUUUAAUUUUUUAGUAAUUUUUUUAUGCUAUUGGUUCUUGUCAUAGAUCCCUUGCA